AUGGCUCGUAGAAAAAAUCCUCCUCAAAGAUCGCCCACUCAGUCGACAUUGACAUCAGAAGGAAGUGGAAUCUUUGUUCGUAAGCAGGUCCGAAAGCCCGACAAGCCCGGCAAGCCCGCACGUAAAACCGUUCCUGAUCCUCAGCUCCCGAAACACCGCAGAUAUCGUCCUGGAACAGUUGCCUUGAGAGAAAUUCGUAAAUAUCAAAAAAGUACCGACUUAUUGAUCCGUAAAUUACCUUUUCAACGUCUAGUUCGCGAAAUUGCCCAAGACUUCAAGACCGAUUUACGUUUUCAAACAUCGGCGGUUUUGGCUUUGCAAGAAGCUGGCGAAGCUUAUUUGGUUAGUCUUUUUGAAGAUACAAAUUUGUGUGCCAUACACGGCAAACGUGUGACAAUCAUGCCUAAAGAUAUGCAAAUAGCGAGAAGACUUCGUGGUGAAACCUAA